AUGGGCCAGUACAGGCAGGUGGAAAUCCUUGACUCGAAGACAAAGAAACAGCUAUGCUUCCUAGAUAAGGUGGAAGCAAAUGCCACAAUUAGGGAGAUCAGAUUUAUGUUCCAUAAAUUAUAUCCUCAGUGGUAUCCAGCAAGGCAGUCGAUAAAACUUGAUCCAAAAGGAAAGUCCCUGAGGGAUGAGGAAAUCCUGCAGCACCUCCCUGUUGGCACAACUGCUACCUUAUACUUUAAAGAUUUAGGGCCACAGAUAGGAUGGACUACGGUAUUUUUGAUAGAAUAUACAGGCCCAUUGUUCAUCUAUUUUCUGUUUUAUUUCCGCAUGCCUUUUGUCUAUGGACUGGAUGAGAGGUUUACAUCAAGUCCACAUCCAGUAGUUAACUUGGCAUGUAUCUGCCAUUCUUUCCACUACAUCAAAAGGUUGAUUGAAACAGUAUUUGUUCAUCGAUUCUCCCAUGGGACUAUGCCACUGAGGAAUAUUGUGAAGAACUGCUUGUAUUACUGGGGAUUUGCAGCUUGGCUUGCUUAUUACAUCAAUCAUCCUCUUUACACUCCUCCUUCUUAUGGGAAAAAACAGAUAAAUUUUGCUGUGAUCAUGUUUCUGCUGUGUGAAGCUGGAAAUUUUUCCAUUCAUGUUGCACUCAGUGACCUCCAGAGAAGUGGAUCCAAACUCCGUAAGAUCCCAUAUCCAACAAAGAAUCCUUUCACAUGGCUGUUUGUCUUUGUAUCUUGCCCUAACUAUACAUAUGAGGUGGGGACCUGGAUCAGUUUCACUAUCAUGACUCAGUGUGUUCCAGUGGGGCUUUUCACCUUGCUUUGCUUCAUUCAGAUGACAAUCUGGGCAAAGGAUAAACACUGCACCUACCUACGAGAAUUCAAGGAUUAUCCAAGUCUUCGAAUGCCAAUUAUUCCCUUUUUGUUAUAAAAAAAAAAAAAAAAAAAAGUUUAACUUGAACAUUGCAUGGAACUUCAAGAAGGAAAAGCUCAUAUACCUCCUGCCAAAUAAGUGAAUUAAUUUAAAGGAUUUUGGUGCAUGUUGAAUCUCCACUGCUAAGGAAAACUGUAUGCACUACACUUUCUUACAUUCAAGAAUUCUCAGCUCAGAGCACUUUAAAAAAAUAAGGCUUCAUUGCACAGCUGGUAGUCAAAAGCCACU